AGCUCCACCUCCUCGCCGGUGAUUGCCCGCCUGUGUGCCUCUCCUGAGCUACAGUUCCGGCGGCCAAUCACCGGCGAGGAUUGAUCCCGGGGGUGUGUCCAGAUGACAGGGACGGCAUGUCAUCCCGCCCAUACCUGGAGACAGACAGAGGAGCGGUGUCUCGGUUCCUAAGGCCAUCGGAAAAUGGGGCCAGACUGUGGACAGUUGGAAAAAGAAAGUGCCCUGGCAUCAGUGGGAGUAAACAAUGCCAUAUCAUUGGUAGUAGGGGAGGAAUAGUGCCCCAUCAUUGGUGUCAGUAGGAGGAAUAGCGCCUCAUCAUUGGUGUCAGUGGGAGGAUUAGUGCCACAUCAUU